UAAUGCAUGGAAGUGAACGUGAGGUCUUUCUUUAAAACUGGUAAAAUCGCAAUAUAACCUAUACUUUAGGUGCGACGUGACCCUAACAAGAUUUAUGAUAAUUAAUAAUAACAGAAAGACAGUAAAUUCAUUAAAAAAGUAAUAACUGAUAUCAGCCCUAGAUAGGAAUUGUUAUAUCUCACAACAAGAUGAACUGCAUAUACAUUGUACUUUUUAGCCUCAACUUAUAUUUUAACAUUAGACGAUUUUGGACACGAUACUGGAUUUACAGAGCAACCCUUUAAAAAUCGAAAAAAGGAACAUGAUUGCCUUACAUAAUCGUGGACGUUCAGGUGGUAAAAUACGCCAAGCCAAUGUUCCGAAAAACAGACAACCAAAUCCAUAUUUGAGAAAGAAAUCAAAAGAUGCAUCUAGCAAACGAAAAAUGCGAAGUCAUUCACCAAAUAAAUACUUGCCUGCUAGGUCAUUGAAUGAUCUUCUUAACCAUAUAUCAUUAGCUAUUGACAAAAAUGAGUUAAAGACUUUAAAACUGAUCCUAACAGGUCCCGAAAAAAUCAGCGGAAAGCUUUUCGAGGAAUACGAUACGUGUCGUGAUCUGUUUACAAAACUCAGACAAAAUGGGCAUAUUUCGGAGAAUGAUGUUUCGAUUUUGUUUAGAAUUCUCUUUAUUUUGGGAAGAAAAGAUCUACAAUGUGACGCAGAACAGUACACUGUAGAUAAAGCUGUCCCUUAUGCCUAUAGUAUAAUGUUACCAUUUCCAUAUUUGUCUGACCAGCAACGACUUAAUGCGAUAUGGAAAAGAACGGGUAAAAAGGGAAAAAUCUAUGAAGAAUGUGAGAAGAUAUGCAAACUUAUUGAAAGUAUAUCUAACUCAAUUUUGCACGUUUGGCCGGCAUACGACACAAAGGCAAAUGAUGAUAUCGUGUUUGUUGUUCUGACUAAAAGCAUUGAGGACAAAUUGCACGUUGAAGAGAAACUUGGAAAUAUUGGCUAUAAUAUCUUUGUGAAAAAUAUUGAUUCAACCGGAAAAGAAUCGGAAGCAGUUUUGCAAAAAUUGAACAAGCUAAAAAAAAAACCACAACCACUCACUUACUCUCAAAAAGAGGAUAUUAAAGUUGCUAUCAGAAAGAACUCUGACCGACUUCUGCAAAAUCAUCAAUAUCUAUCUGCUAUUUCAGGAAGUAAUGUUAGGUCUAAAAACUUCAUGUUAAAACAAUCAGAGUAUCGCGUCCCCUUCCAGCCAUGUAUCGUGUUAUAUGUUAUUGCAAAAGGUAAAAUUCCAUUGCACGAAAGUAAAUUUGAAAAUCAUAUAGAUGGUAUUCCAGUGGAUGUCAGAGAGGGAAUAUUUGAAACAACGACUUUGCCAUUUGAAAAAUAUACCAGACCUGUACAAAUGGGCUGUCAAAUUACUUCAAAUGACACAUCUCCCUCAUAUGGAACAUUGGGCGGGUUCUAUUACCAUAGUGACUUUGGACUUUGUGGUAUCACAUGUGCUCAUGUUGUGUUAAAUUGGGAUAAUAUGAAUAAACUAAAAGGAGAAAAACAAGUCUUGAGUUCGGCUUCACCCAUGGUUUUUCAGCCGGACACAACAAGACCGAGGCAUCAACUUGGCCCUGUGAAAGAAGUAGUUUACAGAGAAGGGAAUGAGAAAUCAAGUGGCAUAGAUAUGGCUAUUUUCAAAUUAGAAGACAAUGCUCCCGAAUCGGGUCGUUUUCCAGGUUCAGAGAUUUGCUUCGAAACUGGACGAACGCUUGGAACAUCUGGCCUUAGAUACAAUACUCAGGUAUUGAAAUACGGACGAACAACUGGACUCACAAGAGGAUAUAUUGAGUUUGAAGAAACCACUGUCCGACUUUGCAAGUUUCAAUGCCAAUAUACAAUUAAGAACGAUGAACAUCCGUAUUUACUGAAAAAGCAGAUAGAAAUCAGACCUGAUAUUUCAGAAAGUCCACAAUUUAAAUUGUUCAAUGAUGGUGGUGAUUCGGGAGCUUUUGUUUUUGCUAAGGACUCCGACGAUCAGUUAGCGUGUAUCGGAAUGUGUGUUGGAAAACUUAAUUCAAAUGGUAUUGUAAUUCCAAUAUCUGUUAUUAAAGAGGAAUUUGGUAUAUCACAGUUCUGUGACUUUCAAACGAAACACUUAAGUGAACAAAUACAGGAAAUAAACAAGGAAAUGAAGAUGAUGAAUGGGAAACUAGACAGGCUUCUUUCAAGAAAAUAAAAAGUAAAUAAAUAGUUAAAGUAAUUUUUUGAAACACAUAUAUAAUAUGGAUAUCUUAAGAAACUCUAAAAAAAAUGUCAACACGAUGGGAUGGAAGUCUGGAAGUCCGAUAGUUCUUUUAUUAAUUUUACUAAUAUGCACACGCAACAAAAGCUGAAGGAACUCUCUGCAAAAAAGGGAGAUCUAAAACUAAAGACUACUCUUUGUAUGUUAAAUAGUCUUAUGAAUAAUUGCUGUGAAUAAUUAAAAAGAGCAAAGACAGUACGUAUAGUAUUGUUUGAAUUAAAAACGUUAUACAUGAUUUUAUUGCGCAGCACGUUUUAUGUUACAUUUUGUUUUGUAUAAGAAGACAAUGUUACGUAGAAUUGACGAUCGAUGAAAUGCGCAAAUUAAUGGCAUUGAGGGCUUUUUUACAAGACGUUUUAUAAUUUCAUAAAGCUAUUGUUUACACUGUAUAACAAUUUAACGUGUUAAACUAAGCAACCCAAACUAGUCUUGUAAGUCUUUUCUAUCGAUGUAAGUCUAAAACGUCUAUUCCGUUUUGUUUGUAAGGUAGACCAACCCUAAUGACUUCGCCAAAGUUUGUUCGAUUACAAUUUUACUUGUUCAAAUGCGGCUACGUCCGGAAAUCUCGGGUUCAUGUAACACACAUUUUAUUUUUAAAUUUAAUAAAAUCUGUUUGUUUAUAAAUAUUACUUACUUGACAAUAAAUAAAUUAUUAUUAGCGUAUUGAAUUUAAAAUAAUAAUAAUAAAAAUACCAGAAAUGUACCUUUCCGGUAAGCGGAUAUCCUGAGAGUCUUUGUUUUACGCGUCAUGAAUUGACGCUUUUCUUGUAAUCGGAAAAAAAUCUGGAAAAAAUGUUAUAAGCGAUCAUGAUUGUGAAAUACAUGACCAGACGUCGAAAACACACACAGAAAACAACUUAAUUGGCGAGAUGGUAGGCGUCUGGUAGAAUUUGACGUGUUACUAACCAAUCCUCAGAAAGGUCUUAAUGGUUACCUUUAUGUUAAGUGUCAAAAACCCUGUCUGUAGAUAUGUUAACUCACGGUGCGUAAUUGUCUCGGGCUGAUUUGGGAUAUUUCCACGUCCCUGAACUGAUUUGGAUUUAUGGCACCGGAUUGAUUAAGAUAAAAUGGAUUUUUAGCUUGGCGAGGUAAGAAUAUAUAUAUACAUACGGUUUGUUAACGUUCUUUUAUCAACUAGGAAUCGAAAAACAAAUUUCACAUGUCAGAAAAGUAGUAGAAAGCACUAGCCAAAAAUU